AUGUUCUCCGAAUAUGCUUCACGCUUUCUCGCCCAGUCUCAGUCCCGGUUCUCGAACUUCGUCCAACCUGAUAACGCCGACGCUCCUCCUCGAAACCCCAACGAGAGAUACCGGCGAUCGAACCAACCUUUACGGAAUCAGUCUCGUGGUUAUGCUACACGGCAUGGUAACCCAUACCAGUCGGCCUCGAAUUUCAACCUUGCCUCUCGGUACUCCGCAGCUCCGGACGCGCCUUUAUUUCACAGUGCCCUGGAUGACUUCCGGGAGGAGGACGACGAGGAAGAACGGGAGAGGGAAACAGCAGAUUACUUUGCUUUACAAAAGUCACGAAGAACAUUCGCUCCCAUAAGACUUGAGGAGAGCUCUGAAACGGAUCCGGAGGGCAGUAACGCUUCAAUAGAUCACAGUAAAGACGACGACGGGAGAGCUCUGGAAGAUCGGGGGAGAGGACGAGGAAUCAAGAGCAGUUGGAACGGAGGUGGCCGAAGUACAAGGGGAAGAGGCCGAGGAACCGAAACAAUAGGAGAGGAGGAUCUCAAGGGCGAGGACUACCGUGGAACGAGCGAGGCGAGUAGCAAGGGAAAGGAACGGAUGGUCGAUGUUGGGCUGGAAUCGACGACCGAAGAUGAUGGACCUCCCGAUGAUUUGGCUUUUGAAAUGCCUAUGGAUGACAGCCCCCCCGCAUUUCAAACGUUCAGGUCGGGGCCGAAGCCAGGAGCAAUCAGGUUACCAACGGACUCCAAACAUGGACGAGGUGAAAACACCGAGGAUGACCCUGGUGCAGGAGCCAGAAUACCACCGCCUCCGAGUUCGGUGGACACCGUUCCAGCCACGAUUGCGAAUGCGUUAGGAGAGGCGCCAAAACACGACGUAUUUUGGGGUUCCUUGUACCUAAUAUGUUUAGGAGGAUUAUUCGCAACUUUUGUCCUAAUCUUCCUACAUACCUCGACAUCAGAUAGGAACCUUGGCGAUACGAUAUAUACCACGCUGCACGCCUCCUUCCACCUGUUCGCUGUUGACACAGUCGUCUCGAUCAUUGUGUCACUUGUUUGGCUUGCACUGUUAAGAUCUUUUGUCCGUCCCCUGGUACAUCUGAUCUUACUUGCUGUGCCGAUCAUCCUCUUCUCCUUUUCGUUGUACCCCUUCAUAUCGAGUUACAAGAGUGCAGGAGCGCCGACUCUACAGGACAAAGUCAUGAGAUGGCUUUCAUUUAUUCCAGGACUCUUUGCUCUUAUCUGGCUUUACACAAUCUACAGAGGACGUCAUUCCUUGAACAAAGCUAUUGGCAUUUUGGAAUUCGCCUCGAGGAUUUUAGCCGCAAAUCCAGCUCUUCUUGGAAUGGGUCUUGCUACCUUGGCAGCUGUUGUGGUCUGGACCUGGAUGUGGCUAGGCAUGUUCACCCGAGUUUUCCUCGGUGGACAUUUUACCCAGUCCUUCACGAAGUUCAUCAUUGAUGCAACAAGUUGGUGGUUAGCAGUUUACUUUGUGUUGAUGUACAUCUGGACACUUUCCGUCAUCGGUGGCAUCCAAAGAUCAACUACAGCAGCCACAGUAUCUCAGUGGUAUUUCCACCGAAAUGUUGUGCCCUCUCCAACCUCCAGAGAGAUUGUUGCAGCAGCAUUUAGCCAUGCAAUCACCACCCUCUUCGGCACGAUCUGCCUAUCCACUCUGAUAGCACUCCUCAUUCGGCUUCCACUGCUCCUCCUCCCUCGCCGACUGAUGGGCGUUGUUACCAUUUUUGCGUAUUCGUUCGUUCCAACGCCAAUCGCUGCACUCACCAACCCGUUAACUCUCACUUACGCAGCUGUUCAUUCUCAACCACUUCAUGUCUCUGCUCGUGGUCUUAGUCAAAUGACUUUCCUUGCACCCCAAGCACCAACUACGACCCUCACACCACGCUCUUUCAAUGCUCGUAACAACCAGACUACACCUCUCCUCCCUUACCGAUUAGCAAAGUUGCUGCUCCACGCCACGAGAUUCAUCAUGGCUAUGGCGCUUGGCUUUGGCGGAUGGGUUGCCACGGCUAGACAAUUGCGUAUCACAGUUCCAGGACAAGCAGACACGAUCAGAGGAAGCGCGUAUGCGUAUGUAGUAGGACUGGUAGCAAGCUUCAUUGGAUGGGGAGUCUUGGGUGCAAUGGAGGGAGUGCUGAGCGGAAUUGUAGAUGCGUGUGUGGUAUGUUGGGGAAGUGAGAGGGGCAUGGCUGGUGGCGGGGCGUAUUGUCUCGAGGCCGGGUACCUAUUUGGAGAGGGACGAGAAAGGGAUUUACCGUGA